AAUGUGUUAGUCCCAGUGACUUUGUCGUCGUGAUCUGUUCUGUUUCAUCGCAUGUUUCUUUGAUCAUUCCGUGUCUCCUCGACCAGAGAAUUCCCUCUCAACCUGUCUUCCACCUGAUCAAGAGCAACUACACCAAAAAAAUCACUCAUAACUUAUUGGAAAACCCCAAUUAGCGAUCACGCGGGGCAAUGGCAUCGCGAGUUGUGGAAUAUUAUCGCGGGAAAUGUGUUUUCAUCACGGGUGGUACCGGCUUCCUUGGCAGUUGCUUGAUUGAAAAACUCCUAAGGUGCUGUACAGAUAUCAAGAACAUUUAUCUGUUGAUAAGACCAAAGAAGGGGAAGGAAAUCAGCGAACGUCUUGAAGAGCUCACCAAAAACUCGGUGUUUGAUCGCCUGCGGGAGGAAGGGAAGACCGAUCUGUUCUCAAAACUGAUAGCAGUCAGCGGUGACGUUGGUGAGGAAAAUUUGGGCCUCUCCUCCGAGGAGAGAUUGACAAUCGUUGAGCACGUCGAGGUGAUAUUCCAUUCAGCAGCCACUCUAGACUUUGAUGCGAGUCUGAAGUCCGCUGUCGAUAUUAAUCUUCUUGGUACACGAAGAGUCGUUCAGCUCGCUCAGGAAAUAAGAAAUCUCAAGGCUCUGGUACACGUCUCUAGUGCUUAUGUGAACUCGUUUCUCCUCGAGACUAAGGAGCAAAUUUAUCCCCCACCAGCUGAUGUGAAAGAUGUUCUUGCCCUGGUCGGGGAAAAGGACGAAAAGUCCAUAGAGGAGAGCACUCCGCAGCUGCUCAAGGAUCAUCCAAAUGCUUAUACUUUUUCGAAACAUCUGGCUGAGCAUGAGGUCGUCAAUGGAUCCAUUCCUGCAGCCAUCGUGCGGCCAUCUAUGAUUACCGGUGCAUGGCAGGAGCCAAUCCCGGGAUGGACAACCUCCAAGAAUGGCCCCCAGGGCUUCCUCAUGGGCGCCAGCAAGGGAGUAGUUCGCAGACUGCCAGUUGCAAGUCAGCUCGUCUAUGAUUAUAUUCCAGUCGACAUUGUUGUCAAUGCCCUCAUUGUCGCUGCCUACGUUAUCGGUCGUGACAGGAACACAGGGAUUAAGGUCUACCACUGCACUUCGAGCACAUGUAAUCCAUUCCAGUGGGUAAAGGUUGAGUCUAAGAUAAACGGAUAUCUCCACAAAUAUCCUCUGGCCAGUGCGGUCUGGUAUCCCCAUCUCAAACUCCUGUCAUCUUUGUGGCUCUACAGAAUCUCUUCAAUCUUUGUGCACAUGAUCCCAGCUUAUAUUUUGGAUACCGUCACUAAAGUUGCUGGUGGCCGUCCCAUACUCGUUCGGCUACACACGAAUGUCAAUAACUCCCUGGGCCGUCUGGAGAAAUUUAUCUUCACGGAAUGGAAGUUCCAAAAUCCCAGAAUGAUGGAACUACACGAGUCGUUAUCCAGCGAGGAUAAGAAGAUGUUCACAAUCGAUGUGCGGCCAUUAGUGUGGGAGGAUUACUUCGUAAAUCUGACUAAAGGAGUCAGAGUGUAUCUUAGUAAAGAACCUCUCAAGACCCUUGGAAAAGCUCGAGCAAAGGAUAACAUACUACUUGUUGCCCACCUGGGUCUUCAGGCAGCUCUCCUGGCCCUCAUCUGGUGGAUAUUCAAGUCGAUUCUGGGCGCUACCUGGACAUCAACAGGCAUGAUUGUCCCCAUAGUCUACCUCCUCUUCAGUCAGCUCUAAUCGUCUAAGCGUUUCCAUAAAAAAAUUUAAUAUAUUCGUCAUCGAGGGGCGGCCAUCAACACAAAAUAUUUUUUAUGAAAUCAUUCAACCGUGAGCUCUAGCUUAGUCGAAUUUCACAGGUCAGCACGGAUUUAUUGAGCCAUGCCUUAUUGUCUAAUGACAACAUAAAUAUUAGGUAAUUUUGCACGCAGCCGGGGAGAACCGCAUUGGGUAAAUAACAUACCAGGGAUAGGAUCACAGAUUGUUAUUGAUUCCAUAUUGUGCAAUCUCAUGAUUAUCCACGUAUGAAAAAAUUUUAUAGAUAAAUCAAUUGCUUUCUCUGAGGAAUUUCAUUGCAUAUUCUGAAAUUAUAUUGAUUAAUUUGUUCGUGUUUUGCAGAAAUUCAAGAUUAUGCAAUCGGGAUAUUUUUUAUUGAUAACGAAGUGAAUAUUUUUUCAUGUUUCAAAAUUUUUGAAAAAAAAAAUUGAUAUCUGCAGAAUUUGUUUGACGAAAAAAUAUCUCUCGCGUUUGAUUUUUAACAGAAUUUUUAAAAUGUUUCGUUGGAAUUUAAUAUUUUGUUCACACCAUUACCAUUCUGUUAAAAUUCAAUUAAUUUGGUAAUGAUAUUCUACUGAUUGUUUACGAAAAUUUUAUAAAUUAUGCAGUCGAGUCAUGAGAUCACAGAAGUCAAAACAUUCGUGCCCAUGAAUUCUUACAAAACAAUCAAGUCGAAAACUAAAUUUGCUGGAAAAAAUAUAAGUAAAUAAGCUUCAUAAUUUUCACAAAAAUGUAAUUCAUUAAUGGAAGUUUUAUCAAUUAAAAUUUUUCAUACGUUUCCCGCAAUAUUUUAUAAUCCACAUCUGAAAUUGAAUUUUCAUCCGAAUUUUUAAUUUUGAAUCCACGAUAGUAUUCGUAAUUGUAAUUGCCGAAAGUAUUUUGUACUAUCUGUAUCUUAGUGAGUAUUCAUUACCUAAAACCAGAAUCUCUAUUAUGUGAAAUUACGGAUGAUGAAAAAAACAGUUAAUAAAACGGUCCUAUGGUACAAGCA